AAAUGUGUUUUCCGUUGCGGCGGAAGUUGUCGGCUUUCGCCGGAAGCAGGUCCUUCACGUGUUGUUCUUCGUUCACAAUGGCAGCCCGCAAGGAAUCCGCCGCUUCUACAUCAAAUGCACUCGAUUCUCCAGUGAAAUUCAUUCAGAUUGAGGGACUGGUGGUGUUGAAGAUCAUUAAGCAUUAUCAGGAGGAGGGCCAGGGCAGUGAGGUGGUACAGGGUGUUCUGCUUGGAUUGGUGGUCGAAGAUCGCCUGGAGAUCACAAACUGCUUUCCUUUUCCCCAGCACACUGAGGAAGAUGUCGAGUUUGAUGAAGUUCAAUACCAGAUGGAGAUGAUGAGGAGUCUGCGGCACGUUAACAUCGACCAUCUCCACGUCGGCUGGUAUCAGUCCACAUAUUACGGCUCUUUUGUCAGCCGAGCUCUGCUGGACUCUCAGUUCAGUUACCAGCAUGCGAUCGAAGAGUCCGUGGUGCUUAUUUAUGAUCCCAUAAAAACGGCACAGGGUUCUCUUUGCCUGAAGGCCUACAGGUUAACACCCAAACUGAUGGAGAUCUGUAAGGAAAAAGACUUCUCACCAGAGGGGCUUAAGGCAGCCAAUGUUGGGUAUGAGCACAUGUUUGAAGAAGUUCCCAUCACCAUCAAGAAUUCUCACCUCAUAAACGUCCUCAUGUGGGAACUACAGGAGAAGAAUACAGUGGCCGACAAGCACGAGUUACUAAGUCUGUCAAGCAGUAACCAUCUGGAAAAGAGCCUUCAGCUGCUAAUGGACCGCGUGGACGACAUGAGCCAAGACAUUGUUAAAUUCAAUACAUACUACCGCAACCUCAGCAAGCAACAACAGCAGAAGCAGCAGUAUCUCCAGAGACGACAGCAAGAAAAUGCUCAGCGUCAGAGUCGUGGAGAGCCUCCGUUACCAGAAGAAGACGUCCUCAAGAUGUUCAAACCUCCACCUCCUCCAGCACGCAUGGACACGCUCCUCAUCUCAGGACAAAUCAACAACUACUGUCAGAACAUUAAGGAGUUCACCUCCCAGAACCUUGGCAAACUGUUCAUGGCAGAGGCCCUGCAGGGCCACAACAGCUAAAGGGAGCGUGCCAAGAGAGAGAAAGACGGGACGAGAAGAGACACGGAAAUGGCCAAACCAUCUGCCUUUCAUAUCUCUGAAGAGCAAAAGUAUAUUUAUCAUGAGCUUUGAGGAAAAUCUUUUUGCAAUAUGUACUUGUACGAGGCCAAUAAAAACGGACACAUCUCUCA